AUGCUAUCUUUUUCUUCAUUUAAGUAUACAACGAGUCUGAUUGGAAAGAAUAUAUAUUUUAUUGGGAGUAAUAAUUUCACAAAAUUCUUUAGUCUUGACAUUUCAUACCCAUUUGUUACUGUAAAUCCACCUCUUAAAAGCCUGCCAACGAAAUUUCCGAAUAACUGGUCAAUCACAUCCGUUGGUCUUAAUAACGAUAAUAAAACGAUAUUUCUAUUUGGUGGAGACAAUAAUCACAGUAGUGUAUAUGCUAUUGACAUCAAAAUCUUUGAUGGAAAUGACAAUUAUAGCAGUGUAUACGACAUCGAUUCCAUAAUUACAGGAAAUUUGCCAGAACUGAGAAGAAUUGGGACGAGUUCAGUUACAAACUCUUUAGGACAGACAUUUAUAUUUGGUGGAUAUAGAAUCAAAAACAAUACAUUCACUUGGUAUAACGAUACGGUUGUCUUAGAUACUGUUAAAUUAUCAUGGUCAAUUUAUAUAAACGCACCAAUUUCGAGAUCAGGACAUACGGCUACUUUACUGGAUGACGGAAGAAUCUUGUAUAUUGGUGGUUUUGAUAGCAGUUUCAAUUAUGUGCCAAUGGAUCAGGCAAGUUUUAAGCAAGCUUUGGAACAUCAUUUUUCAAUAGCAGAUGGUUCUGUCCCAAAUAGCCGUUCGGAACAUUCAGCAGUGUUGGUAAAAAAAGAUGCUAAGAUCAUUAUCUGUGGAGGAUUUCGACAAGAUUCGAUUUUGCCAACACCAUCACUUGCCAUUCUUACAAGCGAAAAAACCUUUACAUGGGUUCAACAGAUGGUUACUGGGAGUAAGCCUCCGACAUUAUACUCUCAUACUGCUAUAUUAGUUGGAGAUUUAAUGGUGGUAGCAUUAGGUAAGUAA